AUGAAAGGAAGUAGAGAUGAUUACAUCAAGAUAUUGCUUCCUCUGUACGAAGCAUCAGUUACGUGUGAUUGGGAAGCUGCUAAGGCCAUCAUUGACAAACGCCCAGAGUUGGUUCGAUUUGCUAUCACUGAUCGUUACGAGACAGCACUUCAUAUUGCAGCAUCAGCAGAACCGACAAAGCUGGCUGAAGAAUUUUUGAAGAAUCUAGUUAAUAGGAUGGAAGAAAAGGAUUUGGAGCUUGAGAAUAGAGGUGGCGAUAAUGCACUUUUCGCAGCAGCUGUAAGUGGAAGUCCCAAAAUGGUUGACAUAUUGCUACAAAAGCACAAAGGCAUGUCUAUUCCAUUAGCUGCAAGUACUUACUGUGGAAAUCAUAACAUGGCGAUGUAUCUCUAUGAUGCUUCUGAGAAGAUGAAGAGCUUAACACAUAUAGAUCGAAUAUUUACUCUUAACCAUUGUGUAACUGCCGAUAUGUUUGAUAUCGCAGUAAAAAUUUUGACAGACUACCCUGAAAUCAUGGAUGCACCUGCUGAAAGUCAUUUUAUACUUGAUGCUUUGUCUGGAAAGGUUGAUGCAGUUAAUAAAAAAGAACCAAUUAAAAUUUGGAAAAACGUUGAUUCAAUUUUUGCUAAACUACGUAUGAAGAAGAGAAUUUCGAAAAAGGAUCAUCAAGCAUUGAAUUUGCUAACAAGGGUUCUGAAAAGUACUCUUAAAUUCAAUAAGCAUGUCAUCGAUAAAAUAUUAUUCAGGCGCGUUGAGGAUGGUGUUCAGAAGUAUUCCGGAAUAGUAUUUAAUGCUGCAGCAGUUGGCAACACAUGUUUUAUUAUUGAAAUCAUCCGAAUCUAUCCCCAUGUAAUAUGGAUGCCAAAUGAUGAUGGACACACUAUAUUUCACAUAGCUAUUAUGCAUCGUCACCAAGGUAUCUACAAUCUAUUGUAUGAGAUAGGCUCAAGGAAGUAUGUGAUAGCUUCAUGGACAGACAAAAAGGAAAAUACUAUACUUCAUUUACUUGGGCUAACUAUAGAGAAAGUCAAACUUCAGACCCAGUCAAGAGUAUCUCUAUUGUUGCAACGAGAUUUACUAUGGUUCCAUGAUGUGGAGAAGAUGCUGCCACCUCCUCUAAGGGAACAUAAGAACAAAGAUGGCCAAACGGCCUAG